UCCUUAGCCUUACUUUCUUUUAAUCUGAAUUAAUAAAAAUGGUUAAGUGCAUAAUAUAUAUAUUGAUAAUAAUAUUGGUGAAAAACAUUAAUUGUGAUGAAGAGUUUACCAGUAUACCAGUUACAGUGAAGACUUACGAAAAUGAUACAGUUUUGCUGCCUUGUUAUUUACAUGACACAGAAUACAAAUACCGUGUGCGUUGGUAUAAAGACGAGACCCUGAUAGGAGACAGCCAGGACGCUCAUCUGCUUCUCCCGCCAAGAGUGAGGAUGCACGCAAACUUCAGUCUGCAGAUCGACAAUCUAAUAUCUCAGGAUACAGCAGACUAUACUUGCGAGGUUAUCCGCCCAGAACCAUGGGGACCAAUUCGACAAACGCACGCCAUAGAAGUUCAAUAUUCACCAACCAUCAGAACUGUUCCAGAAGAUGGAUUUCUAGAAGUGCGCAAGGGGGAGUAUGUGGAUAUAGGAUGUGAAGCCACAGGUACACCACAUCCGAUAGUGAGCUGGAGGAAAAAUGGUGAAGCGAUGGCAUUGUUAGACCACCGUCCCCGUAUCAAGUUCAGGGCAGAACACCGCCUAUUAGCUGGCGUAUACGAGUGUGUAGCCAUCAAUGGUGUUGGGGAUCCCGUGGUGGCUGCUAUAAGAGUUGUUAUACAUGAUGCUCCCGUGGUAUCUGCGGAACGCAGCUUCGUCCACACCGCAAUAGGGCUGCGGGCGGCGUUAGCUGCGAAACUUGAGUUCUCUGUGCCACCUGCACGCACCUCGUGGUACAGAGACGGGAGACCAGUGAAGACUGAUGACAGGGUAGUGAUAAUGGUCCAAGACAACACCCACCAGCUGAUCUUCCGCACAGUGAGGAAGUCAGACCUUGGCAAUUACACGUUCAGAGCAGAGAACAAACUGGGCAUGGCCGACGUGUCGUUCAAAUUGACUGGGGUACCAAACGUGGCUUCAUUUAAAGUAGAGCAGACUUUGAACAAAGCGACCGCUACGAGUUUCACGUUAAUAUGGGAGGUGGAUUCCUACUCUACGAUUAUAGAAUACAACCUGUGGCUUCGUCCGUACUACGGCCGUCUUAGUACAGUCGACCCCAGUAGCUUCACAACGGAGCCCCCCGCUAACAUUUGGAGCAAGAUCGUGAUACCGGGCGACUCCAGUGACGGACCAAUACAUAGCGCCAUCUAUACCGUUAGAGGGCUAACACCGUCAACAGUUUACGAAGCAAUUGUGACCUCACGGAAUAGAUUCGGCUGGAGUAAACCAUCCGCCAUAUUGCAUUUUGCAACGGAAGCUGGAUACGGUAGAAAACCGGUAAUAUCCGAUUAUACGGAUUUCACACCGGUUUUAGAAGACGUAGAGACGGAACCUCAUAAUAUUUCGCAGGCACAGGUUUUCGAACACUUCAGUGAACUGUCAAACGGAAAAGCGCGGGAAAAAUUGGAUUCAGUAAUUAAAAUAAUGGCGAUUGUUAUUUUUAUUUCAAAUAUUAGUAGAUUAAGUUUUUAGUUCAUAGUUUAGUGUUAUUUAAUUACAAUAAGGCCUUUCCAUUAGUUGUUAGUCUGGUAAUAGUUAACUGUAAGUAUGCAAUCAUUUUUGACUAAUUCGACGU